GUUAUCCGGCUGCACGGCCGUAGGACUCUGGUGUUGGAUGGCACCCGGCCUGUGCGUGUUUCUGGAACAGCUUUCAUCAGAAAGACUUCACUCCUUCAGUCUGCACAGCCCUCAGAAUGAAUGGCACAGUGAAUGUGAGCAAUGAGUGUACUCCUCAUGACUUCAUGUUUACGUCCGAAUCUGUGGGAGAGGGACAUCCUGAUAAGAUAUGUGACCAGAUCAGUGAUGCUGUGCUGGACGCUCACCUGAGGCAAGACCCUGAUGCUAAGGUGGCUUGUGAGACGGUGUGUAAGACGGGCAUGGUGCUGCUCUGUGGGGAGAUCACGUCUCGAGCCAACGUGGACUACCAGAGAGUGGUGAGAGAAGUCAUCCAGCAUAUUGGUUAUGAUGACUCGCAGAAAGGAUUUGAUUAUAAGACCUGCAACGUGCUGGUAGCCCUGGAGCAGCAGUCACCUGACAUCGCUCAGGGAGUUCAUAUCGAUCGCAUGGAGAGUGAAAUCGGAGCUGGAGACCAGGGUCUGAUGUUUGGAUACGCCACAGAUGAGACAGAAGAGUGCAUGCCCCUCACCAUAGUCCUCGCCCACAAACUCAACGCUAAGAUGGCCGAGCUGAGACGAAAUGGGACGGUCCCCUGGCUCCGCCCAGACUCAAAGACACAGGUAACAGUUCAUUACGCCCAGGAAAAUGGCGCUGUGAUCCCCAAAAGAGUGCACACUGUGGUGAUCUCCGUGCAGCACGAUGAUAACGUGUGUGUGGAAGAGCAGAAGAAGGUGCUGAAGGAAAAGGUCAUCAAAGCCGUGGUGCCUUCACGCUACCUGGACGAGGACACCAUCUAUCACCUGCAGCCCAGCGGACGCUUUGUGAUUGGAGGCCCGCAGGGUGAUGCAGGAGUGACGGGCAGGAAAGUCAUCGUGGACACAUACGGUGGUUGGGGGGCCCACGGGGGCGGAGCUUUCUCUGGAAAGGACUACACCAAGGUGGACCGCUCGGCCGCCUACGCUGCACGCUGGGUGGCAAAAUCUCUGGUGAAGGCCCAGCUGUGCAGGCGGGUACUGGUGCAGGUGGCGUAUGCGAUUGGAGUGGCCCACCCGCUCUCCAUCUCCCUGUUCACCUACGGCUCCUCUCCAAAGAGCGAGAAGGAGCUUCUGCAGAUCGUCAAUAAAAACUUUGACCUCAGACCUGGAGUCAUAGUCAGAGACCUGGACCUAAAGAGACCAAUCUACCAGAAAACAGCAUGCUACGGACACUUUGGCAGGAAGGAGUUUCCCUGGGAGGUCCCGAAGAACCUCAACUUCUAGUGUGUGUGUGUGUGUGUGUGGUGGAGUCCAUAUGGCCUUUUUUCAUUGGUCUGAGUCUGAGGUGUGGGUGGGUCAGAGGUGUUCCAGCUGUAGGUGACAAAGUCCCUAAAUGACAACUCUGAAGCAUGAGAGAUAUUUACACUUUAAAUCUAAACUGCUAAAGAAAAAAAAUAAACUGAGUGGAUGACCAAAUUUUAAAGGAGAAAAACCGUGCAUGGGUCAUGUCUUAAGAGUUUCAGUGAGUUUUUAAAGAGCCUGUGGGGAUUCUGCACGUGUUUGAGGUUUUCCCGGUCGCGUUGGCUCUGAUCUCAAACAACAAUUAAUUAAUGUUCCAGGAAAAUCCUUCAGAAAUUGAUACAUGCGCUCGUUUAUGAUUAUUUCAGAGACAAACUCUGACAGUCAGCUAAAUCUCUUUGAAUAAUUUUUAUCACAAGUGUCUCAGUUUUGUCUGGAUAAAAAUGAACUUCCAUCCAUCCAAUUAAGGGUCACUGGGGGGCUGGAGCCUUUCCCAGCUACUAUAGGGCGAGAAGCACAGACAGCACAUCGCACUCACAUUCACAUCUAUAGACAAUUUAGAGUCACCACUUAACCCAACUCUACUACCUGCAUGUCUUUGGACUGUGGGAGAACGCCAGAGUACGCAGAGAGAACCCACGCAGACACAGGGAGAACGUGAAACAGUCAGAUGGUGGAUUUAACUCAAGACCUUCGGGCUGUGAGGCCACCGUGCUCCCCUGUAAAGGAAUUUAUUUAACAUGAACAACAACACACGUAUACCAAACACGGAUGACGUCAGAGGACAUGGAAGUAGACAGUCUGAACUGCAUCAGCUGAUGACACCCUCACAUCAGCUGAUUUUUGUUUUUAAAAGACAACUUUAGAAGUCAAAAUGACUCCGAAGCGUCUUUAAACCAUGCAUAAAAAUAAUUUUUUUAAUCAACUUGCUAUCAGGGGUGGGAAGGUGUACUAGUAUCCACUGCCCUUGGCACUUCCCAAGGUUUAGCCAACUUUCCCCUACAUGGCUUGGAUGUGGCAUCCUGCUCCUGUUACAUUGCAUGGAAAACACAAAAAUGAUUUUGAUGAGAGUUUGAGGUUAAAAGAACAGAACCUGAAUAAUCUUAGAACUUUGUGAGGUUUUCUGCAGGUGUAUAAACUUCAUGCAGUUUAGUACGAUAACGUGAGGUUUUUAAUGAGAUGCAGACGACCAAAGAUGAAAUCCAAAUGUCCCACAGAGGCUUCAUAUAUUACCAUUUAUUAAAGUUUAAAAUUAAGAUUUUUCUUCCUGCAUGCUUACCAGAAUAUAUAUUUUUUACUAUCAGUUUAGUAUUUUUUUGUUCGCUUUUUUCCCUGUUAGAUACAGAUGGGUACAAAUUAGGGAAAAGAAACAAAACACUUUGGCCACCGUGUGGCGCCAAAGGAGCUCCGAUGCACGUCGGUUUUGCUUCAGAACUCUGCAGGAGGGAUGGAACAGUUCUAAAUGCCAGUCAUCAUUUUGGUCGUAUAAUAUGCGUUGAUACAUGUCUGUGAAGGUUCUCAGUCAUCCAGGUCAUCGUAGUCAAAGGAG